AUUGCAUCCAACAUUUGAUUCUGUGUGUAUGUCUUGGUUUAUUAUUAAUUUAAUAGACCAAGGCAUGCACACAGAAUCAAACAAACCACUAAAUCCCAUUGUUCCUCCAUCAAGAGGAACUUAGUAAUCCAUCCCAUUGUUCCUCCACUUAGUAAUCCCUACAAUGGAGCAAGAUGAUUGUGCACAGGAAGGUGUCUCGGUGGAGCGUGCAUUUGAGGCAGAUCCGAUCCCAUCAUUAUCAGAGACCAUAACACCACGAUCAAUAGUGGUUAGCUUUAUCCUUGGUGUUGCCCUUUGCGCCGUCGCCAUGAAGAUCAGCCUAACCUCAGGCUUCCUCCCGUCACUCACUGUCCCAGCUGGCCUCAUGGGUUUCUACCUCAUCCAGGCAUGGUUCCGUGCUCUUGAUUAUUUUGAAUUGCCGUACCAACCAUUCACUCGCCAAGAGAAUACUGUCAUUCAGACAUGUGUUGUCGCUUGCUCUGCCAUUACAUUCAGUGGAGGGUUUGGUACAUACAUCCUCGCAAUGGGCAAGAAGGCAGCUGGAGAAGACAUGAGGGAUGAGAAAAAUACUAUUGAGCCAAGCAUUGGCCGACUGAUUGCUUUUCUCUUCCUUGUUAGUUUUUCUGGCUUGUUCAUCCUCAUGCCCUUCAGGAAGGUCAUGAUCAUUCGACACCAGUUGACAUUCCCUAGUGGAAUGGCCACGGCACAUUUUAUAAAUAGCUUCCAUACCUCUCAAGGCGUCAAUAAGGCAAGGCAACAAGUGAAGAUGUUGUUUAGAUCAUUGGGGGGGACUGUAUUUUGGAACAUGUUCCAAUGGUUUUUCACUGCUGAAAAGGACUGUGGCUUCAAAGUAUUUCCUAUAUUUGGCCUUGAGGCAUAUAAACAUGGAUUCUAUUUGGACUUUUCCAUGUCUAAUAUUGGCAUCGGUAUGUUGUGCCCGUACAUCAUCACUGUCUCCAUGUUCAUUGGGUGUGUUAUCUCAUGGGGGAUCAUUUCACCAUACCUUGCAACAAAGUCGGGUAUCUGGUACUCUACUAACAUUAACUCCACCAGCAUGAACAGCAUCAGGGGCUAUAAGGUGUUCAUCGGUGUGUCCAUGAUACUCGCUGAUGGCCUCUUCAACUUCCUAACAAUUGUGUUAUGCACAUUGUAUGCGAUGUGCAAGAGGCACAAGCAACCAAUGCAAGGUGAUAAUGAAGUUGAUAGUGACACGCAAUUGCCAUUCCAUUGCCUCAAUGCUGCUGAGCAACAAAAGACAAAAAAGAGCUUCGAUGAUCGUCGUAGGGCACAGGUGUUUUUACGGGACCAUAUAUCCAACUCGGUUAACAUCAUCUGUUACAUCCUCCUAUCAGUGGUUUCCAUACUUGCCAUACCGUACCUCUACCCGCAGAUGAGGCACAUCCAUGUCGCUACCAUCUAUCUUGUUGCACCGGUCGUUGCCUUUUGUGAUGCCUAUGCAUUUGGUGUGACUGACAUGAACUUGUCGAGCACCUAUGGCAAACUUGCCAUGGUCCUCGUCGCUUCAAUUGUUGGUCGUAACAAUGGUGGUGUGAUCGCUGGCCUCGUCUCAUGUGGGAUUGUGAUGGGGAGCAUGUCUAAUAGCAACAACCUGAUGCAAGACCUAAAGACAGGGUACUUAACACUAACCUCACCACACGCCGUGUUCAUCAGCCAGGCAAUCGGCACGGCACUAGGGUGCAUCAUCAACCCAAUCAUGUUUUGGAUCUUCUACAAAGUGCAAAAUGGCAACGCUGACAUUUUUGACGCGCCCUAUGCCCGAGUGUACCGCGGCAUCGCCAUGCUGAGUGCUGGCCAGAACGGGCUACCUAUGCACUGCUUGUGGCUAUGCAAGAUCUUCUUCACACUAGCGCUAGUGCUUAGCAUGUUUCGAGAGAUGGCCACAUGUAAGCAGUGGCGCGUGGCACAAUACAUUCCGAGCACCAUCUGCAUGGCCAUCGCCAUUGUAAUGCCAGCACGCAUACCCAUUGACAUGUUUGUAGGGAGCUUGCUACUGUACUUGUGGAGGUGCGCCAACCCUAGCAAGGCACCAGCGUACUCAAUGGCGGUGGCAUCAGGGAUGGUCUGUGGGGAUGGGUUGGGGAUGCUACUAACAUCGGCAAUGGCACUUACACAAGUGCACGCACCCAUUUGCAUCAAGUUCUUGUCUCGUACCGAUAAUGUAAAAUUGGAUGCCUUCUUAGCUACACUGCCUAUGACAUAGCUUCAUGGGUGCAUAUUGUAAUGUAUCAUAGGGGAACCCAUGCUUUAGUUGCUUGAUUGUAUCCACUUGUAAACUUGUUUUAGUCCAAAUUUGUGAGUGAAUACAAUUUUCAUCGACACAUUUGAGCA